GUUGGAAUGGGAGUUGCCAUUGGGAGCAUAGCAGUCUACUACAAUCUCCCUAAAUCUAAACCAGUUCUUGCAACAAUAGAUUAUCUUGCAAAGGGAAAGAUCUACAAUAUGGAUGGUGACAAAGAAAUAUUGGCUAGCACACUGUGGAAAGAUGGCGGGGCAGUCAUUAUGGCAGUAAGGAGACCAGGAUGAUCCAUGUGCAGGGAGGAGGCCACAAGGCUUUCCUCCUUGAAGCCUGAUCUUGAUGCUCUAGGUGUCCGGCUAGCAGCUGUUGUACACGAGAGGACAGGGGUCUCGGGCUUUAAACCCUACUUUGCAGGGGACAUAUAUUGGGACAAAAAACGCCAUUUUUAUGGUCCACAUGAAAGGUGGGCAUCAAUUGGUGAUCUGUUAAGACUAGAUGUAAUAUCCAGAGGUAUUGAUAUGUACAAAAAAGGAGUUGAUGGGAACUUAAAAGGAGAAGGUCGAUUACUUGGAGGGUGCUAUGUGAUUGGUCCAGGUGACCAAGGUAUUCUGUAUCAGCACCAGGAAAACUCAUUUGGCGACACAUCAAAUACGACUGAAGUUCUCGAGGCAGUAAAGAAGAUAACAUCAAAAUUAUAGAGAAUAAUUCAGAUAUUAUAAUUGUUUAAUAUUCAGACAUUCUGUAUAUGAUUUUCAUAAUUCCAUUUGUGUUGGACAUUGGGAGAAACUUUAAAGUUUGUGUGAUUUGUUUGCCAAAGACUUGUGAUAAUUACUAGUCAACGAAUGAACAAAAGUGAUCUCUGAUUUUAAGUGUUCACUGGUUUAUUAUUACACACAGUUUAUUACUGAAUUCCUUCUCAGGAUUUUUUACAAAAAUCUAAUUGUAAGCUAAUUAUGAACUGUUAUUCCAAAGUCGUGCAUUUUGUUAAUUGGAAUUUAUUAUAUACUGGUACAACAAUAUU